AUGGCUUCAGUUGAUGUUGAGUUGGGAGUAACUCCUGAAACUACUUAUUCCAUCGCUGGAAAACAAAUCAAAUUCAACAGUGAGGCGGACAUUGAGCCAUACCUUAAGGAACUAAACGAGGUUAAAAACGUCACCAAGAUUGACUUCUCAGGAAACACAAUAGGGAUCGAUGCAUCUAAAGCAUUAAGUGAAGCCCUUUUGAAGCACAAGGAUACUGUCGUUGAAAUCAACUUUUCUGAUUUGUACACUGGACGUUUAAACACGGAAAUCCCCCAAUCAUUGAAUUAUAUAUUGCCAGCAUUGUUGAAAUUUCCAAACUUGAAAUUAAUCAACUUGAGUGACAAUGCCUUUGGAUUGCAAACAAUAGACCCCAUCGAGGCAUAUAUUGCAAAAGCUGUAUCUUUGGAACAUUUGAUUUUGUCCAACAAUGGUAUGGGACCCUUUGCCGGGUCUAGAAUCGGUGGCUCAUUGUUUAAAUUAGCCAGAGCUCAAAUAGCCGCUCAAAAAUCGUCUUCGUUAAAGACAUUUAUUUGUGGUAGAAAUAGAUUGGAGAAUGGAUCAAUCAACUACUUGGCUGUUGGGUUGAGAAAUCACAAGAAUUUGGAAGUAGUUAGACUAUACCAAAAUGGUAUCAGACCUGCCGGAAUUUCCAAAUUAGUCGAGAAAGGAUUAACUCACAACAAAAAAUUAAAGGUGUUGGAUUUACAAGAUAACACUAUCACAACUUCCGGAGCUAUCAAACUUGCUGAAUCGAUAUCGAACUGGCCUGGUUUGGUUGAAUUGAACUUGAAUGACUCUUUGUUGAAAAACAAAGGCUCCUUGGAGGUUGUUAGAGCUUUUGGAAAGAACAAAAAGGAAAAUUUAACUGUCCUUAAGUUGCAAUAUAAUGAGUUAGAAACAGACAGUUUGGCAGUAUUGGCUGACUUGAUUGGGGAAUAUUUGCCUAAUUUGAAGCUUUUAGAAUUAAACGGGAAUAGGUUCGAGGAAGAUUCAGAACAUAUAGAAAGCAUCAAGGAAGUGUUCGAAAAAAGAGGUUUUGGAGAGAUCGAUGAGUUGGACGAGUUGGAAGAAUUAGACAGUGAUGAGGAAGAAGAGGACGACGAGGACGAAGAAGAGGACUCGUUAGAAGUGGACCUUGAUUUGGAAGAGUUGGAGGAAGAACUUGCUGGUGUUACACUUGAUGACAAAGAUCAAGCUGUGGAUGACAUUGCCGAUGAGUUAUCAAAGGCCCAUAUUGAUUAG